CGACCCCCAAAUCCCAAAGCCCCAAACCCUCGCUUCUUGCCUCCGCUCCUCGCAGAUCCUGCGCCGCGCCGCGGCGUUGCCGCGCGUAUGCGAGAUGCGCCUAGGAAGCAGCAGGCUCCCGAUUCACAGGAUGCAGCAGCCUAUAAGAACCCCCCAGGCUCCUGCCGUCGCUCGGUUCAUUGCGAGCGCCCACCAAAGGAACAGCGAGGAAGCAAGAAGUAGUAGAAGCGGGCACCUGGCCGCGCUUUCCACCAAAUUUCCCAGUAGAUCUCACAUUCGAGGUGGAUUGUUAGGACUGCGAAUUGGAACAGUUCCUUGAGCCCACGAAUUUUUGCCCUUCCUGUUUGGUCGCUUCCCAAAUUUCUGGUAGAGGCCCGAAGCGAAGCCUGAAGUUGCCACCGUGAUUAGCUAUUCGCAGUCUUUUGCUAGUUAUCUGAAGAAGCGGAUUGAACAAACAAGAACUGCUCGAGAAAUGAGGAAGUCCCCCAAGAAGCCCAGGCAAAAUGCUGCAGGACGGGAAGAAGCUUCAAGCAGUGCCCGGGAUGGCAUCGAUGUGCUUCCUUUUGAUACAGUAAUGCGGCCACGGAGCAGCCGGGAUGCAAUGAAGGAGUCCCCCAAGAAGCCCAGGCAAAAUGCCACAGGACGGGACGAAGUUUCAAGCAGUGCCCGGGAUGGCAUCGAUGUGCUUCCUUUUGAUGUAGUAAGGCGGCCACGGAGCAGCCGGGAUGCAAUGAAGGAGUCCCCCAAGAAGCCCAGGCAAAAUGCCACAGGACGGGACGAAGUUUCAAGCAGUGCCCGGGAUGGCAUCGAUGUGCUUCCUUUUGAUGUAGUAAGGCGGCCACGAAGCAGCCGGGAUGCAAUGGAGGAAAUGAAGAUAAUGGAUGCUGCAGAAGCAUUGGUGCUUCUCCAGGAAUCAUGUGGCAAGGGUACAUCUUUUGAUGACGAGCCGGGAGUUGAUUAUCCAGGUAUUGAAUCAGCUGCUGAUAAUCCAAAUGAGAGCCGGGAUGCAAUGGAGGAAAUGAAGAUAAUGGAUGCUGCAGAAGCAUUGGUGCUUCUCCAGGAAUCAUGUGGCAAGGGUACAUCUUCUGAUGACGAGCCGGGAGUUGAUUAUCCAGGUAUUGAAUCAACUGCUGAUAAUCCAAAUGAGAGCCGGGAUGCAAUGGAGGAAAUGAAGAUAAUGGAUGCUGCAGAAGCAUUGGUGCUUCUCCAGGAAUCAUGUGGCAAGGGUACAUCUUCUGAUGACGAGCCGGGAGUUGAUUAUCCAGGUAUUGAAUCAGCUGCUGAUAAUCCAAAUGAGGUGCUCCAGGCAUGCUUGGACAAGAGAAUUUCUGCUGCGGAAUGCAACUCUCACCCUGUUGUGGAGAUGGAGGUAGAGGAGACAGAACUGACUCGCAAUGAUGAUGGUCAAGGGCUGGUUGUUUUUCAUGAAAACUCUACUGUGAUGGAGCUGAAACGGCCCAAGCUUGAUCUCAAGGUUUCAGACAAGAGUGAAAACACAGCCUCUGAUGAUUCUGAAGGUGGAGAUGCAUCGGGGAAGCAGACAUGUCUGACAGAGCCAAUGGCCAGAGAGGUGGAUCAGAAACCAGAACAAAAGUUAGAUGCCUUAGAGGAACAAGCUGCCAAAGGUACAACGUCUGUUGAUGAACCAGGAACUGGUAAACCAGGUGAGGAAUCAGGUGCCGAUAAUAUGAAUGAGGUGCUCACUUCCUGCUCGGAGAAGAGUUCGUGUUCUGUAGAAUGCUAUGGAGGUGGUGAGGGUACAAGCGAUUUGAAGGAGGCUGCAGGUGCAUCUUCUGCAUAUCCCUAUGUUUGUACUGAGAAUAGUGGGAAUGAAGCCUCUGCUGUAGAGGAGGAAGAGCUGAGUCGCAAGCACAGAAGCCAAGCGCUUGCUGACUGUCCUAAAAAGUCUGCUGUGAUAGAAGUAGAACGGAAAAAGCCCAAGCUUGACCACCAGGUUCUUGAUAACUUUGUUGUGACGCAAGAGGGAAAACAGAAGGUUUGCAUCGAUGCCCCAGCUCCCAGAAACAUUUCAGAGGAGGAGAUCUCUGACGUCGUCGAUGGUGAAGCGAACCAGACCGCUUGAGCCACUUCCUUGAAGAAGGGUGGAAAUGCGAUCCCUGUUGCAGUGGAUGAAACAAGAUGUACAGCUGAAUAAUGCUUCUGAUCUAAAAUCUUUAGGCACCCAUUCACUGAGGGUACACUGCCCUGAGGGUGAAGCCUGAACCGCAGUCAUAUGGCGUGUCGAGAGGUUUCUUGACUCACCGGUCGUCAGUCUGAAACAGAAACACCAUUUCAUGUCUACUGGUAGAUAGUUAUAGGUUACAGUACUGAUAUACUUUUCACUGAAUGGCGAAAGUCCAUGUGGUAUUCAUUGGGUUCUUGCUUCCAUGGUGAAGUAGUUUUGUCCAGUUACCAGGCAUGGAUCAUUCUCUUCUUUUUCCUUCAUUUUUCGUUUAUACUUGUAUGCUUCUGUAAAUGAUCAUAUCUUGAUAACAAGAUUGAUGUGUACAUGCUGGUUAGCAAAACACGCAACAAAAUUUUGUUGCUUGCGUUUGAUUCAUGAGUAAAUACUCCACGGGCAUUUACUGAUUUGG